GAAGACGCCCUCCAGCAUUCAUGAUGGCUUGACUGGUCGUGCUCAUGCCGCACAAAACACACUUUCAGGAUUUAUAGAUCGAUAAUGUAUAUCAGUAGAGAUUAGACAUUAUCUGUUUGAUUACAUUAGAUUAAGGCGGGAGUGUGGGGUUAAGUGAAACUAGUAAUAAUAGCGUUAUAAACGUGCAUAUCUCGUGAUUAAUCUUAGUAUUACACAUUCAAAGAGACAAGUUGUAUGUUUUGUUACAGCUUAAUCGGUUGAACGCGGCGUUUAUGUGGAUGUUUACUGUAACACUUUACAAAAACUGGAUUGAACGCGUGUCUUUAUUCCGUUCAGACGGCGACGCGUCCAGGAACAACGGGCUGUUGUAUGUGACUCAUGACAGUUUAAAGUGCUGAUCGGUUCCGAUCCAAAGAGAUGAGCCCUCAGAAGAAGAUGAAGAAAAGAAAGCAGCUGAACGCGCUCAUCGGACUGACUGACAGCAGCAGGAAGAAAAGCAAACAGACGUGUGGACACCGAUUACUGCGAACCGAGCCGUCCGAAUCCGAGUCCAGUUCAGAGGAGCCGGACUUCAGCCGACACCGAGCCGGACUCUGCGGACUGAGUUCAGUGCACUGUUACCCGCUGUGUGUGUUCAUCAUCCUGGCGGCGUGUGUCGUGUGCUGCGCCGGACUCAUAUGGAUGCAGAUCGCCCUCAAAGAGGACCUGGACUCCAUGAAAGACAAGAUCCGCAUCAUGGAAACCAGUCAAAAACUGUCGUCGCACGAGAUUGUGAAACUCAGUGAGGAUCUGAAGGACAAACAGAGAAAACUGGAUGACAUUGAAAGUGGCGACAAAGGCCUGGCUAAAUUAUGGUCCAAUCUAACGGAAAUCAACCAAAAGCUCAGUGCGCUCGACUCCGCUGUCAAUCACUUGAAAGCGAACAUAAAAUCAGCAUCCGAUCUCAUCGCACUUCCAAGAGCAGUCGAGGAGCUCCAGAAGAGUGUGGCCACUAUCGGCAGCACCGUCACCAGCGUCCAGCACGACAUCUCUAUGAUAAAGUCUGUCGUGGAAGAGAGAAGGAAAGGAGAUCAACUAAAAGAAAGCACGAAUGGAGGGAAAGCCACAAACAGCACACCUGAAAACAACAACACGUGUUUUACGCUGAAGCAGGAAAUCCAGUAUAUUCAGGAGGGCUUGAAUGAAUUGAACAGCACUCAAGUUCUUCAUCAGUCCUGGUCUGGUGAGCAGAUUCAGAGCAUUCACUUCAUGCUGUCCAACCUCAGCAGAUGGGUAUCUACUCUGGAACAGAGCUCUGCUGCUGCUGCUCCUCAUCAAGAACUGCAGACUACCGGAGAGCCUGUUAAUACAGGUUCUUCAGUGUCACGCCGGCCCAGAUUUCUGUCUCAGAAACGUUAUAAACGAGGGCAGUCGUCCACUCAGAAGACGGUGAUGUUUCCUGGGGUCAACUCUAUCGAAGAUCUAGAGAAGGUCCUCCAUCGAGCUCUGCAGCGUGGCGUGACGUAUGAGGAGUUGCGUGAAGUGUUUGGAUCAGAUACUCCAGACUUCAGUCUUCUGCAGCUCUAUGACAGAGAUGAAGACCACAUGUACACACUGGAAGAGCUUCAGGCUGCACUGAGGUCAGGCCAGAGCAGCGAUUGAAGAGAGCGCACUGGAUCACAUCAGUGUUGAUCUGAUGGCACUAUAAACUUGAAUGUUCACCGUUUACACACUGUCAUUCACCUCAGAGUCCAUUGAAGCUCUUCUAGGAAGUGAGUGUUUUUGUUUGUGUUCCAUUGAAUUGGAUGGAGAAGCUUGAAAUGUACCGUUUUGUUUUUUUGCAACACACCAACAACUUGUUGCAUUUAGAUUUAUUACUCAAAAUGAAGCUUAUUUUUAGAACCAUUAAGAUCAUUUUUGUGACAAUGUAAGCACAUUUUCCUAGCCAAUAUUUAUUACUGUGAUGUGAAAAAAAUUCUGUUAUUUAAAUCAGAUUUAUUAUGCAUCAUGGUAGAUUGUACAAAGAAAUCCUUGUUGUGUGCAGUGUAAUAGAGUAAAAAAAUAUCGUUUACCAAUACAAAUGUUGUUUUAGAAUCUCAAUUGAGAAUGAAAAGAAACUCAAAGUAAAAUGUCUUGACAUUUAUGAGGGAAAGUGUGCUUAACUGUCAUGAAAUUAGCAUCACAAUGUAAAUGUUCCUAAAAUAGGCCUCAUUUUCUUAAUGCAAAAAAUAAUUUCAUAUUUUGUUCCUUAUGCCUUGAUAUUGACUUCAGGGUGUAAUGUGACCUGGACAUGUUUUUGUAGCAUUCUCCCAUAUACAUAUAUAUAUAUAUAUAUAUUUAUGUGACAGGAAUCAUUUUUAAGUUUGUGAGAAAUGAGGGCAAAUGAAGAUUAUUUACUCAUUAUCAGAUCUAGCAAUAAUAUAAUCCAAAAAUUGCUUUUAGUGGAUAUAAGCAUCUGAUAUUUAUAUGAUAACAUAAUGCAAUGCGCUUGGCUACUUGUCAAUUAGCAGAUAUUUUGAUUUUAAUCCAAAGUACAUUUGAGUGGUAAUUGCUCAUGCAAAGGUUUAAAAAAAGAUCAAUAUCUUGAAUGUUCAUGUGUGUAUAUAUAUUUAUCUGUAAUUUAUCUGCGUUUCUCCUACACUUGGCUCUGUAAGGUGUGAAGAUCACACACAGUAAAGCUGUUGUAGAUUGAAAGUGUUUUUGUACAGCCGUUUUAAGCUCAUGUCUUGCACACUUUGCUGUCACAAUAAAGGUGUAAAUAUUGUAGAAUUUGACAUUUCUAAUGAUUAAUUUCAAUCUGUUGGAAGAUGCUUGAUAACAUGAAACUAAGUGUUGCAUUGCAUGUUCCCUUUAAUUUAACAUGAAUAAAAGCUCAUUUUAUUUAAA